AUGGGUGAGGUGCGGUUUACCAAAUCGCAGCGGGGGAAGGACAAGCUGGUCCUUCACGGCUACAUGUACGUGCAUCACCGGGACCUGAAGUCAGGAGAAAGCGAGUGGCGCUGUGACAAGCGUCGCUCGGACAGUUGCAACGCCACCGUCACACUGGCAGAGGACCGACAGACCGUGGUGAAGGAGCGGGAGCACCCGAACCACCAGGCCGACUGGGGGCGCGUGAAGGCGAAGGAGACCGUCGAGCAGAUGCGGGAUGACGCCCAAGGCUCUCGGGAGACCACCGCGUCCAUCGUGCAGCGUCACGUCGCCAGCACUUCCCGGGAGGCCGCUGUCAAGCUGCCCAACAAGGCGUCGCUCGCCCGUGCCGUCCGUCGAGUCAAGCGGUCAUCGCUGCCCGAGGACCCCAAAGACAUCGAGGACCUGGUCGUCAUCGCUGAGCAGUACCAGAAGCUGGACGGGCAGCGGUGGCUGCUCUUCUUCGAUCCAGACGCUGAGGACAAGAUGAUCGUGCUGGCCACCAACAGGCACCUACGCUACUUAGCUAAGGCGACGUACUGGAUUAUGGACGGUACGUUUAAGUCUGCACCAGGUGUGUUCUACCAACUUUACACACUGCAUGGCCAAGUACACGGCCAGUGGUUUCCCCUUGUGAUGGUGCUGAUGGUCAAGAAGAGCAAAGACAUGUACAUCGAGCUCUUCGAGCUACUGAAGCAUGAAGUGAGCACGCGCCUCCACAAAAGGCUCGACCCAGAAUAUGUGUCGACCGACUACGAAGAGGGUGCCAUCAGGGCGAUCCAGCAUGUGUUCCCAGAUGCGCAGAUUGCAGGCUGCCUAUUCCACCUCGGGCAGUCGUUUUGGAGGAAGCUCCAGAACGCAGGACUGGCGGUGGAGUACCGUGAGGAGAACAACGAGGACAUGAGGACCAGCUUCCACUCCCUGAUUGCUGUGGCCUUCUGCCAUCUGGACGACGUGAAGGCCGUCUUCGACGAGCUGCGGAGGGAGGCACCGGCUGCCUUGCGCCCAGUGUUCAAGCACGUUGACGAGGUGUACAUCAGAGGCUGCCGGAGGGGCCGAGGACGCCGGACUCCAGUCUUCCCACCAGAGUGGUGGAACUGCCACGCAAGGGCUCUUGGUGACCUUCCGAGGACCACCAACAGCGUGGAGGCGUGGCACAGGCGGCUCAACACCAUCAUGGGCAAGUCGCACCCCACCCUGUACUUUGCCCUCGACCAGCUCCAGAUGGAGGCGAAGGAGAUGGAGCGGGACAUAGAGCGGCUGUCCAGCGGGCGUUCGCCGGAAAAGAAGAAGAAGAACCAGUACGUCAUCAUUGACCAGCGCAUCUCCCGCAUCAUGGAGCGCUACCAGGACUACAAGGAAGAAGACAACAUGCUGGAAUUCUUGCGUGCGAUUGGCCACAACAUUGCUGGAAACUUGUAAUGUGUCAUAUGUAACAACUUGUGUUUUGUUCUUUGUGAACCGUGAACUGUUAACUGUGAAUUGAAAAAAAAAAGUAAUGAAAAUAUAAGGAAACUUUUUUGAAAUUUGUGGCAAGUUUUUUAGGGGUCAGAUUGGGGUCAUUAUGGGUUGGGGUCACUAUGAAAGGUGGUCACCUGUCAGUGGUAACAGUAUAGCGUGGUCAGUCAGACUGUGGUCAGUUGUCCUAGACCCCUACCAACAUCCCCACUAAAACACCACAGUGGAAUGCAGGUUUUUUAGGGUGGUGAAAAUCCCCCACUGCCCUACCCCACCAAAAAUCAGAGGUGGGCGGGCGCCUAUAUAGGUCUCCAGGCUGGAGAUGGGUGCCGAACACCCCGGUGAUUAAGCCGCUAUGAGGAUUUUUCCUGCGUGCCCUUAGUACCAAAUAUGUCACGAAGACCAAUCAAAGCGUAAGCCAACGUGCUCUUCACGCUACAUCAAUGACAAGUUCAUUCAGAAGUUCAGAGCUCUAAAGUCUAGAGGCCGUGAGGUCCCCGGACAGAGCA